CAUCGAGCGAGUCCAGCAUUCAUAUCAUGUUCGUGAAUUUGAAUCGACUGUCGUCAUCGCUUCUACUACCUUCCUUCCUACUCCUGUUCCAACGGCCGCUAGCUACUCGAGCACAAAACGUCUCCAUGUUGUCCUUCGGCGAAACAUGGCACGUUCUUGGGCCUUUUCAGAUUGGGACCAGAGAGGCUUCAUGGGGUGCAGACCCACUAGAAUAUGCUGGCGGCUUUAGAAACCUCACUUAUAAUCCAGGCGCAACAUUUCCUAGUGCCCUGCCAGCGAAUGGGACUGCGUCGUGGAACAUCACCAAGGCUAAGCAGAUCCUAAGCACUGCUGGCUCGGCUAAUGCAUCUUUGAGCAUCAGCUACUCAAACGUCGACUGGGACUUUUUAAAAGUCGUUUACGGAUGGGCUGCCGUCCAGUAUCAGGCCUGGGUGCGCGGCGAGAUUGUCGUGGGCGGGAAUGAUACUCAGACUGUCAUCUUACACACGGACUCUAUCCUAGAGUACUGGAUCAACGACGAGCACUAUUUCGGGGGCGACUACUACAGCUUUCGGCAUGCACCACCUGUAUUGCAUCUUACGCCUGGCUCACACAGAAUUGAUAUUCGUCUGGUCCGCGACGUAAGAGCCUUUGGAGGUAUUCUAGAGCCCACAAUUGACGUCGUAGUCGACAUACGACAAGUGACUGCAUCGCUCGAACUUGCAAAGCCUGGAAUUCUGAUGUCUGACGUCGUAAAUGGAAGGCCCGCCUCUACUAUUGGGUCAGUAUCCCUGAGGAAUAGUGGGCAGGAGGAUAUUGAGAUCCUGGGCAUCCAACGGUUCAUUGUCAGCUCUCAAAUGCCCUUUGCAGAACGAGACAUGACUGAUAAUCACACUACCUUCCCCAUGACCAUAGUUGCUGGUCAAACGAGGCCUGUAUCAUUCAAUGUCCUUCCAGCGGCCAUCAAUACGUCUACCGCGGACUAUGAGAUAAAGUACAGGAGAGUUGGCAGCACUCACUCUUCGACACUCCGUGCUUCCCAGCCCCUUAACUACGUAGAUCUUUAUACGCCUCAUAAGAUUACAUUUCUCCAUCCAGGUGGCAUGGUAUCCUACGCUAUGCUUCGGCCUCCUACUAGGAACGCAACUUGCUCAUCUAAUCAUUUGAAACUACCGGUUCUUCUGCAGCUUCAUGGAGCGGGUGUUGAAGCUGAAAACCCCAUGGUUCAUCAUGCACUGGACCCCGUGUCAGACCUCUGCGCGUGGGUGUUGUUCCCAACAGGCGUUACUACAUGGUCCGGCGAUGACUGGCACAACUGGGGCUUUGCUGAUGUUGAAGCAGCAAUUUCGGCAAUUCCAGACUGGAUUCAAAAUAACAACUGGACAGGCCCCGGUGUUGAUGUAGAUCGUUGGAUAGUUUCAGGUCACUCGAAUGGCGGCCAGGGGACUUGGUUCGCCUUGACACAUCGUCCAGACAAGGUGCUGGCUGCGGCCCCGGUUUCUGGAUACAGUAGUAUCCAGAAAUAUGUCCCAUACGAACUUUGGCAGGGCGCAGACCCCAGACGCAAAGAGAUGAUAAGCGCAUCCAUAAACAGUUAUCGUCAUGAAUUGCUGAUGCCGAACGUGCGAGGCAUUCCUAUUCAACAGCAGCAUGGCGGGAUCGAUGACAACGUACCAGCAUAUAAUUCACGCCUGUUAGCACAACAGAUCCAUCAGGAGAACGCUAACUCGAGUUUCAAUGAGGUGGUUGGCUUCAGUCAUUGGUGGGAUGGUGUUAUGACUACACCACAGUUAGUCAGCUUCUAUUACAGCCAGACAAAUAGCAAGGAUGCCGUGCCUCGAAAGCUGAAGCAGUUCAGCUUCCUUGUUGGCGAUCCAGGAGACAUGGGUAGCAAAGGCGGGAUCAGAGUGAAACAUUUAGAGGAUCCAGGACGAUAUGGAAGAGUCAGUGUUCGAGGGAACAUUAUCAAGACUUCGAAUGUGCAAGAUCUUGAAUUCGAUAUCGCUCUCUGGAAGGGGUCGGUCACCAUUGACCAGAAAAAUUUGGAACUUUCAAAUAUGCCAAGUCUAGGAGAGGCAGUAGCCAGUGCGUACAAAACGACCGACGGUUGGACUCUUGGCCCAGUUGGGAAAGAAGUCGGACAUCUCCAACGAAAUGGCCGUCAGCUAGGUUCCAUGACUGCCAUUCUGCGUACACAAGGCUCUUUUAUUAUCCGUCAUUCAGAGUCUACGACUGCAUCACAUAUCGCUUUGCAGGUUUCUCGCAAUCUCCACCAAUACUUCAAAGCAGACACGCAGAUUCUCCCCUCUAUAUCAAAUUCGAUCCCUCCAGACUCUUCUGGGAAUGUCAUUACUCUGGGUAUCACCAGUAGUCUUCCGCCGUUCCAUUCCAACUUUCCUGUCCAUGUCGGUGAAUCUGGAGUCACUGUUCGCGAUUAUCGUGGUCAGGAACACCAAUAUGGGAAGGAGGCCAGUGGUGCGGCGUUUCUGCGUCCACUUCAAGGCGAGCGACUGGAAUUGGUUCUCUGGGGUUCUGACGAGGCAGGACUGCAGCAGGCGGCACGGAUUUUACCCCUUAUGACAGGUGUGGGGCAACCAGACUUUGUAAUCUUCGGUGAAAGUGCAAGAUGGAAAGGUAUUGAGGGUGUGCUGGCUAUGGGCUUCUUUGAUUCCAACUGGGAGAUCACUCCGGCCAGUGUCAUUGACAGUGACAUUGACACGUAUCAGGCUGAUGAUUAGGCAUAGUUUUGACACCAUGGACUAUGCGUGUAUACAAGUACGAGAUGGCACGUACGUAAGAAGCCACAUACCUAUUGUUGCUGUCUUCACUCUCCCUGUCCAUAAAUCAAAAGUAACUCCUAGAUUCUGAAGACUAUUUCUGUAUUGAAAUCAAAUUUUCUUUCCA